CGAUUUUCCGCAGAUGAUAUGAACACGGUGAACGGGAUGCUGGAGACCGCCGUUGGUGUGGGCAUGUGCGUGGGGCCAGCCGUCGGCGUUUGGCUCUACUCGCUUGGGGGUUUCUGCCUCCCCUUCUAUGGCCUAGGCAGCUUCAUCCUCCUGACUGUGCCCGUCAAUAUGCUGACCUUCCCAAAGCGUGUUGAGGUCUUGCCGGAGAUAAGACAAUUUACCGACGCAGAGCCGGCGCCAGUGAGUAGGGCCUUGGGACUAACUUCGAUCUUGAGGCGCCCAGGGGCAGUGCUGCCGCUGGCCAUCUUGAGCGUGACAGCAGUGUGUCUGGCUGUGCUCUACCCUACGCUGCAGCCGCAUAUGUAUGGUCUGGGGGUGUCAGUGGAGGGCGUCGGCCUGGUGUUCCUGCUCAUGUCCGCCGUGUACGCCGUGUCCUCCCCGUUGGUGGGACUGGCCACAGACCGCUACAAAUGCCCCUUGAGCUUCAUGUUGGCGGGCCUGCUGCUUCUGGCGUUGGCUCUCAUUCUGAUUGGCAAUUCUCCUUUGCUGCCGAACGUGACCCAUGAUAUGCUGUAUAAGCAAGAUGUUGUAGCCGUUGUGGUGAUUGGCCUCGCCUCUGCCAUGUCCACUGUGCCCACCUUUGCCUCCAUUCUUUACACCCUCGGCGAGGAGGGAAGAGUGGACGUCACCACAUUCUCACUGGUGGGCGGCAUGUGGUCUGCCGCAUACUCUCUUGGGGAAAUGUUAGGACCUUUUUAUGCUGGUAUGAUGGCCGAGUACGUCAACUUCGCCACCUCAACCACCGUGACUGCUCUUCUGCCAGCAAGUUUAGCCGUGGUGCAGGCUGUUUACAUGUGCAUGGAAUGCUGCCGCUCCCGUGGCAAGUCGACGCUAAACUGACCGACUGCAUCACGGGGCUCUUGCGGGACCCGCCACUGUGGUCAUUAGCGUUUGUGACAUGUUUAGUCUGGACUGUCAGAUUCAUUGUUGCCGCUGUCUGGCCGUUAACUUCCUUUAAUAAUGAGGGCAAAUUUAAAUGGUCAUUUAAAUGAUAAACGUUGUUAGGUUAUGCUGUCGUUUCUAAUGUAUUCAUAACGUUCAUACUGCAUUACUCAUUUUUCGAUUUAUAAUGCUAACAGCAGACUCUAGUUGCGUUGUCUGUUAUUUUAUGUGUGUAUUGGUAUUAUUUGAUAUAAAAAAAAUGUUUUAACUGCAUUUUACUAUUUUUAUAUUCUACUAACGUGUUAUGACCAAAAAUAAGAUAUAUAUCAAAUACAUUGCCCAUUCUGUGAUAAUAAAUAACAAAGGGAAA